GCCAAGACACUGAGUGACCAGGUCCGAAAGCUAAAACCCCGAGGCCUAGGCCACUUGCACUGUCGACACCGCUGUUUCUUGACUGCAAUGGCCUUGGUUGUCGGCCGACGGGCCUUUGGAGUGCAGGGGACCUGCUGGCUUUGGCGCAGCCGGUGGGCCCCUCUCUCUGCUGGUUUCUGCAGCCCGGGGUCAGCAGUGACCGCUCGGCCGGAGUCAGAGGCCCGGCCCACUAGCAUGCGACAACAGGACGGAAUCAGGAACAUUGUCUUAAGCAAUCCCAAGAAGAGGAACGCGCUGUCACUGGCCAUGCUGAAAUCUCUCCGAAGUGACCUUCUUCAUGAAGCCGAAAGCAAAGACCUGAAAGUCAUUAUAAUCGCAGCUGAGGGCCCUGUGUUUUCUUCCGGGCAUGAUUUGAAGGAGCUGACAGAUGCGAAAGGCCGUGAUUAUCACACUGAAGUAUUCCAGACCUGUGCUGAGGUCAUGAUGCUGAUACGGAACCACCCGGUCCCCAUCAUUGCCAUGGUCAAUGGCUUGGCCACAGCUGCCGGCUGCCAGCUUGUUGCCAGCUGUGACAUUGCCGUGGCAAGUGACAAGUCCUCUUUUGCCACCCCUGGGGUCAACGUUGGGCUUUUCUGCUCCACCCCUGCAGUUGCCCUGGGGAGGGCAGUGCCCAGAAAGGUGGCCCUGGAGAUGCUUUUCACUGGGGAGCCCAUUUCUGCUCAGGAGGCCGUACGCCACGGCCUCAUCAGCAAAGUGGUGGCAGAGGAGCAGCUGGAGGAAGAGACCAUGAGAAUAGCCAAGAAGAUCGCCUCUUUGAGCCGCCCCGUGGUGGCGCUGGGCAAGGCCACCUUUUACAAACAGCUGCCCCAAGACCUUAGAACGGCAUAUUACCUUGCCUCCCAGGCCAUGGUGGACAACCUAGCCCUGCAGGACGGACAGGAAGGAAUCGAGGCCUUCAUCCAGAAGAGAAAGCCCGUCUGGUCAUACUGAGCCAGCAUGAGGCGUGCAGCCAACAGUCAAUGCUGAAAGUCCUCGCCUUUUCAAUCCAAUCACUCUCAGUUGUAAGAGAUGUCAGCCAGUCUUCCUAACUCUGAUGUUGGUUUCCCAGUGUGUGCUCUAUGUGAUUAAAAGCCACGAUUCUGUGGGGAAUGAAUAUGGGGGGGGGGGGGUAAAUGAAGUGUUAGGUCAGAGCCUGCAGCACCUGAAAUGAGGUGACAAUCGAGAGAGGCAUGAAGGAAGGAUACCACCCCCCCUCUUCGGUACUUUCCUUAAGGUUGCUCAUGACAAGCUGAACAUUUCAAAUCUCCACGAGAUCAUCUCCACACUGAAAAUCUUGAUUCUAUCAGGAAAUAAUCAUGCCUGUGGCUUUGGAAAACUCCUAUGUGAUCUGAAUAAAUUAAAUAUUUAUA